UUGUCGAAGUAGAAAAGACUUGAAGCGAGUAGAUGGAACUUUUCAAUCCAGCUCUUGAGGAAAACAUCACCUUUGUCCAUCCUGCAUAUUUUAUCAUAGCAGGUUUUAUUGGUAUUCCUAAUGUGAACUUCUACUUUGUCUUUCUGCUGUUUGUUUAUGUUCUUUCAGUGGUAGGAAAUGGGACUGUGCUGACUCUCAUAAUUGUGGAUCAUACUCUGAAAGGUCCAAAAUACGUUGCGGUUUUCAGUCUCGCUCUAACUGACAUCUUAAGCAGCACAACUUUUUUACCAAAAAUCAUUAACAUGUUCCUGUUCAAUCAUCGCUAUAUUUCAUACAAUGAAUGCUUGACCUUCAUGUUUUUUGGCUUCACACUACUAUCAAUGCAAUGUUUUAACCUGGUCGCACUGUCUUAUGAUAGACUGAUGGCAAUCAUGUACCCUCUGCACUACCACGUGAAAGUGACCCAAAGGUUUAUGAUCAAUUUGAUCGCCUUUUUGUGGAUUUUUGCCAUCACUCUUGUCCUCAUUGCUGUUGGCUUAAUCACAAGAUUGUCAUUCUGUAAGUCUGUGGUUAUUGACAGCUACUUCUGUGACCAUGGCCCUGUGUACAGACUGGGCUGCAACGAUGUUUCCCCCAGCCGUGUAGUUGGUGUUUUGUGUCCAGUUAUUAUGCUUUGGCUUCCUCUAGCAUUUAUCCUAACAACUUACUGCUGUAUUGUUUAUGCUUUGUCAAAAAUUUCAACAGCGCAGGAACGAAGAAAGGCUUUUAAGACUUGCACAGGACAUCUUUCAUUAGUGACCAUUUAUUUUCUCCCCGUUACUCUUGUUUUUGGAAUCGGAAGCAAAAUGCACCCUAACGCCAGGAUCAUAAACCUGUCACUGACUACUAUAAUUCCACCGAUGCUGAAUCCCAUCAUUUAUGUUUUUCAGACACAGGAAAUAAAGCAAGCUUUGAAAAAGCUCAUAAAGAAAACAAGGCAGUAAAAAAUUGGAUGGAAAUUUUUAAUCUAUCCAGGAACCAAAUUGUAUGACUGGAAUAAAUGUAGUAAGCAUAAAAAGUGAGCAGAGCAAACACAAACAGGUUUUCUUUUUGAUCUUAAGUAGAUACACAGUGUUUAACUAUGAAAUUAAAAACAAUAUUAGAAUAAAAUGUUGGGAAUGUUGGACUUAAAUGUGUAAGAUAGAUAAUUAAAAUUUUUUUUUUGUCUGUUCAUCUUCUUUGACAAUUUGCAUGAGGGAAUGUUUUUACUGUCACUGAAACAAGAGAAAUGUUUGGCUUUUUUUUCUACAUUUAAUCAAUGAUUUAUUUUAAAAACAUGAAAUUACAUUUGAUAUGUUCCAAACCACACUGAAUAAGGUUAAGAGAGUAUCACACUGAAUUACAUCCAGAUAUGUCAA